UGCUCUAACAAGUCCCCAAAGUGUAUCCUAUACGUAGAAAACGUUUAUUUCUUCUUUCCCAAAGUGGAUCCUUAGCUCGAUUCGCCAGUGCGGCAGUGCCUGAUGUAUCGAAUCCUUUAUACUCCGUCCGUAUCUAUCUGAUUUUGUUCGGGAAAGUCGAUCUUUUCUCCUGCAGUAGGAGUCGGUGAAUUCUACACGGUUUCGAGUGAUCGGAGAUGGAGUCCUGCCGCUGAAGCCCCGGCGAGCUUCUGUUUCCUCAGAUCUGGUUGUUUUUACUGCCCCCUAGAGUGUCUUGUUGGACACUACCAGCUGUAGCAGGGGAGCUAGUUUUGGAGGUGAGAGUUAAUCAACCAACAAAUUUGUAAUGGUGGCCAGAUGAGAAGAAGAACUGAUGUUAUUGGCAAUAGAAGGUGGGGGUUUCUUCUCUUCUUCAGCUUCUGGGUAUAGCAACUGCAUAUCCCUUUUUCUGUUGAGCCAGAAGAGCGAAGAAAAGCCCGAUAGAGUUACCCCGUGGAGCCAAUACCAAUUGGUGAGCCACGAAACUGAUACUCAUCUUGAACUGGCUUCCAGGAAGAACAGGAGGCCUUUCCCAGGGUGCACUUCCUUUGUCUGCUUUGGUCGUGCUGCAGCUGGACUAGAUAACAGCCCAUCUCACCUUAAGGUUGGUCCUAGUCAAAACCAUGAAUCAACACCAGCAGGGCCCGGUCCCGAUUCUGAGAAGGGUGAGGAUAUUCAUUCUGUUGAAGGGACAAACACAUCCACAAAGCUUGCACGUAAGAGCAGCUUAAAGAAACCAAGAAAUAGAACAUCUGUUUCUGGUGACAGUGAUAAUGACUGUGAGACGGUCAGUGAAGAGAGCAAUGACGCUCCUGACAAUCAUAUCGAAAGGAGGGUCCAUUGGACAGAUACACAUGGUGGGGAGCUUUUUGAAAUCCGGGAAUUCGAACCUAGUGAUGAUGAAUCAGAUGACGAGUAUACAAGCCGGAGUGAAAAGGCUUGUUCAUGCAAGAUUAUGUAGUUUUUGAGCUUAAGACGGAGGUCUUGCAAGAGUUCUUUUUGGGAGAAAGACAGAGCAAUAUGGCAACUAGCGAGCCUUUGUAUUAAGAUACAUCGAUUUGUGUAGAUGGAAUAUGAGUGAAACCUUUAUGUAUGGAAGACUUUCUGAAUUCCUGCAAUAGCCAUCCAUUAAAAUGGCUUUUUGUUUGUAAUUUCUUGUCUGUUUAUAUUCAGUUUCUUGAAUGCCAUUCUAGGCUUUUCUGAAAACAAUUGUUCUUUCCUCAUCAUUGUAAUACCAGUAUAUGUUCUCU